UGGGUAAUGGCCCAGAGCAGGGCUGGGCCCAUUACAUUGCCAAUGUAAUUUUAAAAUUAAAUUACCAAACCAUUACUUUUUAAAUCUAAUCAUUACAAUUACUUUCUCAUUUUUAGCAAUGUAGUUAAUUACCAUUACCCAUUACAUUGAAAGUAAUUAAUUACCAUUAUCCAUUAUGUACUUUAUGAGUACUGGUAUAUAAAUCAAAACGGUAUAGAGACAACUCAUCCCAAGACAACUCACCAGAAGACAACUCAUCCCAAUAUAAGACAACUCAUUCCAAGUUAGAAGACAAUUCAUCCCAAGAUAAAAGACAACUCAUCCCAACUUUUAAACAUGGGUUGAGACAUACGACAACUCAUCCCAACAAAUAUAAUAUAAGUGCUAGUUAUAUUUGUUUUAAUACAAUUGCUUUCAUCGAAGACUACUCAGACCAUCUGAUUUUGUUAUAAAAAUGUGUUAUUUUAAUCAAAUUGAUAUUGUUGUUUUGAUAAAUUGAUGGUUGUGUUUCACUGUUUGUAUUAAUGUUUUAACUUACUUUGUUGUGUGAACAGGUUGUUAGUUGUGUUUGGGGUUUUUAUUUCAUCAUGAAGCACUCCAAAGAAAGUCAAUUAACAAAACAUCGAUUAACUAAACUGAUUAGUAGUACUCAUACAUGGUUGUGGAGAAACUAAGUUGGGAUGAGUUGUCUUCUAAUUUGGGAUGAGUUGUCUUCUAACUUGGGAUGAGUUCUAACUUGGGAUGAGUUGUCUUCUAACUUGGGAUGAGUUGCCUUCAGAUGAGUUGUCUUUGGGAUGAGUUGUCAGGUAUUCAUAAAAACGCUGUGGCUAGUCUUACGACGAGGCGUAAGAAUUAUUGAUGGACUAUUCUUAAGACAUGGUGGAAGUUCCGGCAGCGCAUGCGCAAGUUACACAAUGUUGGACUUGUAUUAUUUUGCAGUUUGCAAGAGGGGAUGUCGUAAGAAUAGCCAAGGUGAAAUAAAAAACAUUUUUCAUAGAAAUUAAAAAGACAACCUUACUUUCUGCCAUGAAGCGCCUACAAAAACCAAACACAAAAUAAUCCUUGAUUCACAAUAAUAGAUAUUUGUGUAUGAAUUAUUAUUUCUAUAUAUUAAUAAAAAUUAUAACAUCAAGGCAAAUUUUCAAGUGACGGGUAGUGGUGACAAAAACUGUGUUUCCUGAGUUUUCAUUGUAUGACUUGAAAAUGAAUUGAACGUCUAGUUAAACAUACAUUAUGUAAGAUUUAGAUAAAGAGCUGAUCUUUCUUGCUAUAAUAGCUCAAAAAUAGAUGAUGUAAAAUAAAAAUAUUGAAAAUUUCAUUUAAAUUACUUCAUUCCGAGCCAAGUUAUUACUGUUUGUAGUUUAGACAAGAUGUGUGCAUUGUGUUAACCAGUGCACUGGUAUAUUUGAGACUUAGCCUCGCUUUCCCAUUUUUUAAUUGAAUUUUUAAAUGGCGAACCGUUCUAAUCUAGUUAAAAUCUUGACUAUCCGAUGCCAUCGAGAGUUGAUUAUGGUCUUGUUUUGUUAAUAAAUGUCUACUUAAUAGUUUAUAUAAUAUUUCAAUCCUAAAGAAAGACCGCCAAAAAGGCAGAUUUAGCUCUUGCAUAAUGUAUGUUUAAUUAACCAUGUUUUUUAAAGAAAGUAAUUUUAUAAAAUUCUUAAUCAAUCCAAAUAUACUAAGCAGCAAAAGAAACAUCAGGUUGGUAUGUUACUCUAAAUAGACGCAUUGCAUAAAACUUGCCAAAUGUUUUUAUUGUAUAUUUGUGACCACAUCUCUAACUUAACCUGAGUAAUAAGGCUCCUUCCCAAACACAAAAUUGAACCCAGGAAAUGUUCUCGCAAAUGCAACCUGACUUCUGAGAUAAUAAUGUGUUCUCCAUGAUUUUCAUGUAACUCAUGCUGCACGUGCUGUUCACCGGGACCAGCCCUAUAAAAUGCACCCCCGUACCUAGCUGAAUCAUUCACACUACAACGUCUGCAGCAUGCCACGACUCAUGACAGCUCAGAGGAACCAGGCGCUUGGAAGACUUGACGCUGGCCACACUGCCCAAGCCGUUGCCAAUCACUACAGGCUUCAGCAACGCUUUCGAGCCACCAGCACCUCAGAUGAUUGCCCCCGAACUAGUAGACCAAGGGUUACCAGAAGGCGACAAGACCGCCUUGUUGUGCGUCAGCAUGUGCAGAAUCCCUUCACACAGGCAUCUGAGACAGCACAUCAGACAGUGGAAACACACGGAAGACCCAUCAGUUCCUAUACAGUGCGCCGACAUCUCACCAGAGAGAGCAUCCAUUGCCUUAGACCUUACUGUGGACCGAUCCUCACCCCUCGCGAUCGACAUGAACAUCUACAGUUUGCCCAACAACACCAGAACUGGCGAUACAGGCAAUGGAGAACUGUUCUGUUCACAGAUGAGAGUCAGUAUUGCGUAUCAACUGCAGAUGACAGGACCAGAAUAUGGCGUCAACAGCGUUAUUCUGACCAAUGUGUCAUGGAACGAGACACAUGGGGAGGUCCAAGCAUAAUGGUUUAGGAAUCGGCCUGAACCAGAGAGUGGGUCCUGUGGUGUUCCAAAAUCUUGGUCCAGGGAAAGGAGGCGGCAUCACAGCAGUGCGCUACAUCGAUCAAGCUCUCAGACCCCACGUCAUACCACAUUUCGUAUGUCAUCGAAACAACGUUUUCCAGCAUGACAACACCCGUGCCCACACUGCCAGAGUUACUCGGGACUUUCUACAGCAGAACAGUGUCAACGUUGUGCACUGGCCAGUUCAUAAAUAACAUCAUACCAAGACCAAAUACGGCGGAUGGAUUGCGCCAGGCUUUUCUGAGAGUGUGGUUCCAGGUGCCAAUGGCGUUCAUCAAUCGUCUAGUCCGCUGCUGUUAUUGACUCACCAGAUACUGAUAUAGACUCUGUACAGACUCUAAACCUUCUCAUAUUGUCUUGAAAUUGUGAUGAAUUAAUCACUAAUGUGUCAACAUACUGUUCACAAAAGAUUGCUUUGAUCCAUUUACAAUGAUCUCUGGCUUAAAAUUAUAAUUGGAACAUGUUUAACCAGUUCUAUGGCUGACACCAAUAUUGUCCUUUAAGAAGAAACUCACAAGGAAAUAUGUGUAACUAACUGACAUCUACAAUUUCAUAUUGUAAUGUUAUUUACAAGCUGUGCGAUAUAUCAACAUCAAUUAUCAAAGCCAAAGGCUGAACAAUUACAGUGUGAUGAAUUUCAUACACUGGAAUAUGAGAGCCGUGAGAGAAUGAAGGAAUUACAAGAACAAUAUUUACAAAGGGCAGAUGAAAUAAGUGCAGAACUUACAGAAAAACACAAUGCUGAGAUGGUGAGACUUGCUGGAGAAAAACUUGAUCAAGAGAAGUAUUAUCUAGAUGAAAUCGUCAAGAUGCGAGAUGAAAUUGAUGAAUUAGAAAAGAUGAACAAAUCUUUAUUAAGUAAAAAUCAAGAUCUUGAUCAUGCUGACGAUCAAUUACCAAUUGUUUUGUCUAAAGUUAAACAUUAUGAAGAAGAGAUCAAGAGAAACAAGGAGGAAAACAAACGAUUACAGGAAGAACUUGAUGACAAAAUGGGACAGUUACGAGAUCUUUUGAUAUUUAAAACCAACCAUGAGACAUUAAAUCAUGAUUUACAAGAGGCUAGACAGAAGAAUUCUGAAUUUCAAUACAGAAUUAUUCGCCUAGAAAAAGAAAUUAAAGAAGUAGCAAAAGAGAAAGAUGAAGGAGACCUUGUGGAACAACUCAAAAUUAAAUUAGAAAAACUUUUGAAGGAAAGAGAACUCAAAACUGAUGAAGUCAAUACACAAUCAGAUUUUGUGCAGAAUUUAAGAGCCGAAAUAGAGCAGUUGAAAAUUGCUUUAGUUACAGCACAAAAGGAAAAAGAGUCAAUUGCAAUGCAACAUCACAAGAUUCUAUCAGAAUUGCAACAACUAAAGAAACAGUUUCUGAAAAGUAACAGUAAAUCCACGUUCAAAGACUUUGUAUCGCUAAAGCGUGAAAUAAAAAAUCUCAAGUACGAAAAUGAUGAUUUAAAGGAACAUAUUAUGGCCACUUCUAAUGUGUAUACAAGUUUGCCAUCUAUCAAACAUGACAAAGUUGACAAGUCAAAUAAAACAUCUAAACCAAGUUCUGCUGCUAUCUCUAUACCAAAGAAAAGCUUACAAAGUAUUUCAUAUCACUGAAAUAUAAACUAUAAACAAUAUUUUAUUUUUUAUUCCAUAUAUUUUAUUCCUUGUUACUGUUCUUUAAUAUUUUUAAAUUUUGAAUUGUUUUUCUUCAUCUUUCUGAUUUCAAUAAAUUAAUCCGUAUACCUGCAUUUCGUUUAUUGAAGGUCCAUACCCCACAUUAGAUAUAUGAAGUAGCUUGAUGGUUUUGGCCCCUGCAGGGUGUUUUCAGCGACACAAUAUUAUACAGAGCUAAAUUAGCCAUGCAUUAAGAGUGUUGCAUCAUUUUUUAAAUUGAACACAAAAUCAUAAACAAAUGCAAUGAUGCCAAUAGAAAAUCAAUGAGAAAAUGGAUCUUUUGCUGAUCAAAGGACUUCUUGGAAGCCAGUUAAAGGGACAUUAAGAUUAGAUAAAGAGCUGAAAGUUCUGGUUAUAAUAGUUAAAAUGUAGAUAACGAAAAGAGAAUAUGCUGGAAAUUUCAGUAAAAUUUCUCCACUCAGAGCGGGGUUGGCCUGUCAUUGAGUCAACUGGCGUGGUUUCCAUUCCCCAGUCGUAUGUGACAAGGAGUAGGGUCGCCUGUCCAACCUCAUUGGUUUUCUCCGGUUUCCUUCCACUGCUAAGACCCCUACGCGCAAGUGAAUUAUUGAAAUAAAAUUGAACCAUGUGUUAGUCCCGAAAUGACCUAGUUUGUGUCGAGUGGAUGUAAAACCCCAUUUCUCUCUCACUCUCUCUCUUGACUCGGAACCUAUAUAUUAGUGAUUCAAUUUUAGUCUUGAUUAUCCAUUUUUACUGUUAUUUCAUCCACAACCAAACAUAUUCAAAUCCACUAAAUAUCACAAGCUAAUGAAAGGCAUCGAGAGUUGAUUAUGGUCUUGAUAAUUAAUAAUUUAAGAUAACAUUUAGGGCCUAAAGAAAGACCUACAAUUUGGAAAUUUAGUAGCUCUUGCAUAAUGCAUGCUUAAAUGCCAACCAAAUGCAUUUAAAAAAAAAAAAAACAAGGAUUUGGAAGUCUAAAAUAUACAAAGCCUGUUAAAUGUGGAAUCACUUGCAGGGCUACAAUUGUCCUGUACUUGUUUGUCCUGAUUUAAUUAGCACAGUAUUACCUGGUUUGGCCAUGUAUUUUAUCCUACUGCAAACCCCUAGCGCCAUACUAAUUUAUACAAUAUUAAAUUUAUACAUAAAAGUAUAUUUACUUUAAUUAUUCAAUCCUGCAAUUUAUCAGUAAUUUAGAGAAAUUAUCAGGAGACAAAAUGUGCAGAUUAACCGGAAAACAUUGACAUUGUUCAUAGUAGUUUAUCACAAAAUUAAAUUUGUCACCAAACGGUAAAAGGUGUUGUUAACAAGAGUUUCUUCCCUUUAUCCAGCACGGGAUUGUCAAAAUAACCAAUUUCAUGUAUUAUACCCCCCCCCCCCUCUCUGUUAAUAUCAAUGUUAUUGAUUAAAACGAAUAUGUUAAUGUU